AUGCUACCGUACCUUUUCCCUGACCUUGCUGCCUUUGCCACUGUCGCUGACCUAGUUGCUCACCUUCGCACUAGUGACGCCCGCUACCGCGCUGCCCUUCCCACUGAGUUCUGUGCCAAGAACCCCCCCCCCAUGUACAUCACCCUUUACUACCUAGUCACCCGCCUCCCUGACUCCCUCUCUUCAAACAGGGACCACUUUCUCUCCCUUUGCCCCACCGAGCUGACUGUCGACCUGCUAGAGGAGCGCCUUACUGCAGCUGAGAAGAGUAUCUUAGCUGUAGGUGCUUCUCGCGGCGACCGUCGCACCCCCUUCUUUGAGGGGUGUUCCCCUGUCCCCCUUCUCCCCUCUGUUGCUUCUGCUGCUGCUGUCGACCUCGUUGGCACUGAGGAGGUCGGCGCUGCGUCUGCCCCUAGUGGGAGACGCCGCACCAGCAAGGGCAAGGGGAGCAAGGGUGGUGGAGGGGGCGGCGGGGGAAGCAGUGGAGGAGGUGGAGGCGGCGGAGGAGGUGGCGGUGGAGGUGGGGGUGGUACCGGGAGUGGGGGCGUCAGUGGCGGCGGUGGAGGUCGUGGCGGAGGUGGCGGAGGAGGUGGAGGCAGCGGCAGCGGUGGUGGAGGUAGCGGCGGAGUUGGUGCUGGUCGAGGUGCAGCCGCGCAGCAUGGAGGCUUUGGUGGCAGCCAGCGCCAGCAGCAGCUGCGCACCCGUGAGACCCCGUCGGUUCAGCAGCUUCGUGAGUGGUACGCUGGGCGUGGGAGGUCUGGGGGUGCAGGUCCCUGCACUUACGUUCUUCGCACCGGCACUCGUAGUGGGGAGGUGUGUGGGCUCCCACACACCACGCAGCGCUGCUUCGGUCGCUUGACUGACGCUUGGCGUACCCAGUUUCCUGACGCCGUUGAGCUUCCUCGUUGGCAUGAUCUGCUUCUGCAGAAUGUGCCUAUCUUUGAUCUAGACUUUGAUGCUAUCCUUGCUGCCAUGUAUGCUCUUGCUGAUAGUGCUGAGGGUGACUGUUACCUGAGUGUCCCGCCCGACCCAGGCAUUGCGGCUGCUGCUCUAGGUGCUAGUGCGCCUGCUGCUCCAGGUACUCGUGCGUCUGCUGCUCCAAGUGCUGGUGCGUUUGCUCUCUCUGGUACUGCACCUACUGAGUCCUUGCACACUUUCACACUUGACUCUGGUGCUUCGCGCUCUUUCUUUAGAGACAGCACCACGCUCACGCCGCUCAGUCGGCCUGUUGCGGUCUCCCUUGCUGACCCCUCUGGGGGCCCAGUCCUUCCACACUCCUCCACGGUUCUACCGUGUCCUGCGGCCCCGUCGGGCUUGCUGUCGGGACUCCAUCUCCCCUCGUUCUCUACGAACUUGGUGAGUGGAGCUGAGCUCCAGGACGCGUGGGUUGACCAGUUCACCCCUGGAGGUCAGCGUGUGACCCACUGCACUUUCUCUCGGACGGGCCGCCACCUGGCCACGUUCACCCGUCGGCCAGGGUCGAGUCUGUACACACUGACUAUUGCGCCUCCUCCGGUCCCUGCGUCUGGUCAGGUAGCUGAGUCCAGUCAGGUGUUUGCUGCUGCGUCCAGGUCUAGUCCUGCGUCUGCCCCCUGCUCGUGUCGUCCUCUGGCGCACGAGACUCUCCUUUGGCACCACCGCCUUGGUCACCCCUCCCUGCCUCGUCUUCGAGGUAUGGCCUCCCGUGCUCUUGUCUCUGGACUCCCCAGGUCCCUCCCUCCCCUUCCUCCGGGGCCUGCCCCCACCUGUGUUCCUUGUGUCGAGGGCCGGCAGCGCGCCGCUCCUCACUUCUCCUCGUUCCCUCCGAUUGAGGCCCCUCUGCAGACUCUUCACAUGGACGUGUGGGGCCCCGCCCGCGUCGGUGGACAGGGUCACGAGCGCUACUUCCUACUGGUCAUUGACGACUACUCGCGUUACACCACAGUCUUCCCCUUGCGCAGCAAGGGUGAGGUCCCUGAGGUGUUGAUCGACUGGAUCCGUGGUGCUCGUCGCCAGCUCAGUGAGAGUUUCGGCUCAGACCUUCCUGUUCUGCGUCUGCACUCAGACAGAGGCGGGGAGUUUUCCUCCGACCUCCUGAGAGCCUUCUGUCGUUCGGAGGGCAUCCGCCAGACGUUCACGCUUCCGGCCUCCCCGCAGCAAAAUGGGAUUGCUGAGCGCCGCAUUGGCAUGGUCAUGGACGUCGCUUGUACGUCCAUGAUCCAUGCGGCUGCUCCCCAUUUUCUGUGGCCGUUCGCGGUUCGGUACGCUGCGCAUCAGAUCAACCUUCAGCCUCGAGGUUUCUCCUUGCCGGAGACCACACCUACUCUGCGGUGGACGGGGAAGGUUGGCGAUGCGUCCGCGUUCCGUGUCUGGGGAUCUCGAGCUUUUGUCCGCGACACUACAGCGGACAAGCUGUCCUCCCGUGCCAUUCCCUGUGUCUUCCUUGGCUUCCCUCCUGACGCACCCGGGUGGCAGUUCUACCACCCCACCUCGCGUCGUGUUCUGUCCUCUCAGGACGUCACGUUUGACGAGUCGGUGUUGUACUACCGUGUGUCCCAGGUAGACCCUGCCGAGCCGGUCGAGGUAGCUGUCGACUCAGGUGCUGAGCCUGGGGGUGCUGAGCCUGCGGGUGCGGGGACUGGGAGUGCUGAGUCUGGGGGUGCUGAGUCUGGGCGUGCUGUGCCUGGGGGUGCUGAGCCUGGGCGUGUGGAGCCUGAGGGUACUGCGUCUGGAGGUACUGAGCCUGCGCGUGCUGCGUCUGGAGGUGCUCUAGGUGUCCCGCCGCGGCGAGAGCCUCUCUCUCCACAGCAGCUUCGUGAGUGGUACUCUCGGCGCUGUCAGGGUACUGCUGGGGCUUCUGGAGGUGCUGCUGGUGCUGGUGCUGCUGGAGGUGCUGCUGGUGCUGGAGGUGCUGCUGGAGGUGCUGCUGGUGCUGGAGGUGCUGCUGGAGCUUCUGGAGGUGCUGCUGGUGCUGGUGCUGCUGGAGGUGCUGCUGGUACUGGAGGUGCUGCUGGUGCUGGUGCUGCUGGAGGUGCUGCUGGUGCUGGAGCUGCUGCUGGUGCUGGAGCUGCUGGAGGUGCUGCUGGUGCUGGAGCUGCUGGAGGUGGUGCUUGUGCUGGAGCUCCUGGAGGUGGUGCUGGUGCUGGAGCUGCUGGAGGUGCUGCUGGUGCUGGAGCUGCUGGAGGUGCUGCUGGGACUGGAGACCCUGGGGCUGAGGGUACCGGUUCUGUCUCUGCUGUUUCUGGAGGCGAUGUGCGGCCGCGGCCGUACUACGUUCCGCUUCUUCAGCAGGUUCUUGGCUCCCCGCCUUCUCCUGGUCCUCCUCCUCCUUCCGUGAGUUCACCGCCUGUCCCGUCUCAGUCGCAGUUACAGCCGGCCUCUCCACUGCCUGGUCCUUCUCCUUACUCUGGACCGACUAGAGGUCUUACGGAGCGUCGUGAGCCUGAGUCGCGUCCUGUGUCGACUGUGUCUCGUUCUACGUCGCCUGUCCGUUCUGUUCGCGCUGGUCGUGUUUUGCGUCCGCGUCCUCCUCCUGUCCCUGGCACUCACUCUAUGACUCUGCGUCCCUCCACUGCUCCACAGCGUGUCCCUCUGCCCUCUCCUCUUGUGUCCUCUCUUCUUGCCGGUCCGGACCCUGCGUCUGACUCCCUCCGUGCUGCUCGUCCAGCUGUCAUGCGUUUUCUGGCCACUGCUGUCACUGACCCUUUGUUUGAGUCCACUGCUGCAUCUGCUCUCGUUGCUGAGCUUGUUGAAUUUGUUGCUGCCUGUCGCCUAGACUUUGCCACUAGUCUUGUUGCUGAGUCUGCGUCUGCGUCUGUCUGUCCUCCGUCCGUCGGGGGUGAGUGUGCUCUUGGCACGGACGUUCUUGAGGACAGACAGGAGGAGUUUGAGUGCUUUGCUGCUUCUGUACCUCAUCUCGUGUCCAUGCUGCUUGCCCCUGAGGGAGACCCGGAUGCACCAGACAUCCCGACCCCGCGCUCUUACGCAGAGGCGAUAGAGGGUCCCUACUCCUCUUAG